AUGGAUUUUCAGAUUAGUUUUUUCCAGGUCGCUCAUAUCAAGGGAUCAAUGUUUGUAGUUUUCAUGGAUAGCAGUAUUUUGAGCUUGUCAAAUCCACUCGGACAAUUUUUGACCUGUCUGCACUGUGUGCUCUCCGGAUUUGUGGCCUCUCUUCUAGCUUGUCAAUUCAUUUACCGGUAUUUAGCAUUAUGCAGGCAAGGAACACAUCUCCUUGCGCACCUUCAAGGACUGAAACUCUGGUUGAUUUUUAUCCCAGCCGUUUUUGUAUUCCUAGUUUGGCACAUUGGUUUUUUCCACGGGAUGCCGAGAACUUUCGAGAAGCAAAUGUAUCUCCAGGAAGAGCUGAUGUCCUGUUUCCACGUGGAUUCUACUGUGACUCCAUUUGUCGGACCCAUGUAUUGGUCUCGCGAUCCAAAUGGGGAAAUGCAUUGGAAACCAUGGGAAGUCCUAGCUUCAUUCAGUUGUUGCACUACGUUGCAUCAUUUCAGUUCGAAGACGCUAGAUGUCAAUAAGCAACUGUUCCGAAUGUUAUGCAUUCAGACUGUCAUUCCAAUGAUUACUAUGUACACUCCGGUUGCUCUAUUUGUAGCCCUACCCCUGUUUGGCAAGGAUAUACCGUACCUCGGAAAUCUGACUAGCAGCAGUUUGGCAGUCUAUCCUUUACUGGAACCAAUAAUAGCAAUAACAUGUGUCGCAAGUUUCAGAAAAGCUGUGAUAGGAACUAUGCACUGUCCUACAACAUCGAACAUUCACAUUUUCCCCAGUUCAACAUCAAGAUAUUCUGCACAACAUUAA